GGCUACUAGAGCUGUGGCGGUAGCCUAGGCCCUGCCUCCCCCUUCUCUCGGGCGCUGACUCCGCGCCACUCCCCCUCCCUAUCGCAGCCGGAGGAGGCGGUGCUGCCGCUGUUUGCUAUGUAGGGGGCCUGGUGCGGGCGGAUCCGGAGGCCGCUGUCCGCCUCUUGAGAGCGGCGAGGGGGGCUCGAUUGCGGGAUGUUCUCCAAGAAGCCGCACGGGGAUGUGCGGAAAUCCACGCAGAAGGUGCUGGACAGCCGCAAGGACCCGCUCACCCGCCUCAAGCACCUGCGCGUCCUCAUCGAGAAUGCAGAGUCCAUUGAUCUUAAACAGUUUUUUGACCUACACUUUUCACCUAUAUAUUAUGUGUUCUUUGAAAAUUUUGUGACUAUUGAAGUAGGUCUCAAACAGAAAGGUCACAAGUCUCAGAGGGAAGAAUUAGAUGCUAUACUUUUUAUUUUUGAGAAAAUUUUACAACUUCUUCCAGAAAGGAUUCACCAGAGGUGGCAGUUUCAUAGUAUUGGCUUGAUUUUAAAGAAACUCCUUCACACCGGAAAUUCCUUAAAGAUCCGUCGAGAAGGUGUGCGUCUCUUCCUCUUGUGGUUGCAAGCACUUCAGAAUAACUGUAGUAAAGAACAGCUAUGUAUGUUUUCUUGCUUAAUUCCUGGAUUUUCAUCACCACAAUCUGAGUAUGGACCUCGAACACUAGAUAAUCUCAUUAACCCUCCACUUAAUGUUCAAGAAACGCAAGUAACUGUAGAGGAAAUUACUCCACUUGUCCCUCCACAAUCAGGAGAUAAAGGACAAGAAGAUCUUACAAGCUACUUUCUAGAAGCACUUUUGAAAUACAUAGUAAUUCAGGUCAAGAGUUUAGAAUGGAAGAACAAGGAAAACCAAGAAAAGGGAUUUUCAUUCUUGUUUUCAUAUUUUAAAAAAUAUUACUUGCCUUAUAUUUUUCCAAACAUCUGUAAGGAGACCAGUUUGUAUAACCCUGUACUUGAGAUACCACAAAUGAGACCAAAGCCGCACUAUGUAAUGGUAAAGAAAGAUGCUGAAACCAAUGAAGCAAUAUAUUGCACAAAGGAACCUUUCCUUAAGGCUCGUGUUAUUGUCAUUCGAUGGCUGGUAUCUUUCUGGCUUGAGCCAAAACCUCAUACAGGGCCUCAUAUUCCUGGGAUGGAAGGUGGUGAAAUUGUGCCAAAGAAUAUUCAGAGAGCAGCUGCUAGCAUGGCUUCUAGAGAAGACAGUAAAAACGACAGUGCUGAUAGACCGGAUAGAAAUGCAGAGCCAGAACAAUCUCAUUCUAAUACAAGCACCCUAACAGAAAGAGAACCAAGUUCCUCCAGCCUUUGUAGUAUUGAUGAAGAGCAUCUAACUGAUAUUGAAAUAGUCCGCAAAGUCUUUUCUUCUAAAAGAAGUAAUGUAAACUUUCUUACAGAGAUAUUUCGACAGGCAUUUUUGUUGCCAAUUUGCGAAGCAGCUGCUAUGAGGAAAGUGGUGAAGGUUUACCAAGAAUGGAUCCAACAGGAAGAUAAGCCUUUAUUUAUGAAAGAACCUGAAGAAAUAUUGACAUCUGUAAAUAUAGAUUGUGAUGAAAAUGUUGCAGAACAUAAUUCAGCGGAGAAGGGAAACGAGAGAGAUGAGGAAAAAAUGACAAACUCUGGUCAUGUUCAAAAUUCAAGUUGGACAAGAAAUGGCUGCCACCAAGAUGCUUCCCAUAAAAUAUCGGAAAUAGAUAUCGCUGAGCAAAAUAUACGAGCUGGAGUACAAUCAGUGUUACAGGUUUUUAUAAUAAACUCUUCAAAUAUAUUUCUUCUUGAGCCUGCAAAUGAAAUUAAAACUCUUUUGGAUGAGCACACUGAUAUGUGUAAACGCAUUCUUAAUAUCUAUCGUCACAUGGUGGUGCAAGUAACAAUGGACAAGAAGACUUGGGAGCAGAUGUUACUUGUGCUGCUCAGGGUCACAGAAUCUGUGCUGAAGAUGCCAUCCCAGGCUUUCCUGCAGUAUCAAGGAAGAAAGAACUCCACUUUAGCAGGAAGACUUGCAGGACCUCUUUUUCAGACUCUUAUAGUAGCCUGGAUCAAAGCAAAUCUAAACGUGUACAUCUCUCGAGAGCUUUGGGAUGAUUUGUUGUCUGUAAUGUCAUCACUGACAUAUUGGGAAGAGCUGGCCACUGAGUGGUCACUGACUAUGGAGACACUAACAAAAGUAUUAGCUAGAAACCUGUACAGCCUGGACCUCAGUGACUUACCACUGGAUAAAUUAAGUGAGCAGAAACAGAAAAAGCACAAAGGCAAAGGCAUGGAGAACAUGAUGCUUUACGUAAUGGUGGAAGGGGAAGACCAAGGACAGGGAGUUGGGCAUGAGUUCCAAAAAUCAUCCGUUGAUAAGUCCUUUUCUAGAGGUUGGAGCCGUGAUCAGCCUGGACAGGCACCAAUGAGACAGCGCAGUGCUACAACAACUGGAUCUCCAGGGACAGAAAAGGCAAGAAGCAUAGUACGGCAGAAAACAGUUGACAUUGAUGAUACUCAAAUUCUUCCACGUCCAUCUCGAGUCAGACAUUUUUCACAGAGCGAGGACACGCCAAGCGAAGUUUUUGGUGCACUGAAUGAGGAACAGCCACUGCCAAGAAGUAGCAGCACAUCUGACAUCCUGGAACCAUUCACAGUUGAACGAGCCAAAGGUGCAGUUCCUGUCAUUGACAGUUCAUCCCAUCAUGCGCCAAGCUUACAGAGUUCCACUGAGACCUCUUCAAUAUAUAGAUCCACUGAAAGUCAUAUUAUUGAUACGAAUAGCAGAGAGUCCUCCUUGGAAGUUGGGGAUAGUAUUUAUGACCAUCUCUGUCAUUUGAUAGGGCCAGUAGAUCUUGCAAAUACAUCCUUUGAACAAAGCCAGUAUGUUGACCUUGAAGGUGAAGAUGAUCUUCUUUCCUCUCUGAGAGAAUAUCUUAAGGAAAAAGAAGAACUUUGCAGUCACUAUGAGAUAGAUAAAUUUGAGGCUUCUCCUCCUGAAGUCAAUACAACAGAAAAUAGAAAUGAUAGUUCACCACUGGAUGAAUUAGAGUAUAGAGAUCAGACUGUUAAAUAUGCAAGUAGCAACACUGUGGCUGAAAGAGCUGAACAUGUAGAACAAAACCAAAGUGGCUUUAUAAGUAAUAUUGCACCUACCCAGGUAGACAGUUUUACAAGAAAUCAAGUGAUCGAUAAAGCCAAACAAUUACAUAUUGGUAAACAAAAUGAAAGCUUAUUUGAGCAUGGGUCAAGUAGCCCUGAUAACAAAGAAAGAAAGAGAUACCUGUACAGACAAACAGCCACUGAAGUUGAUGUAGAUGUAGCUGUGGAAGUAGCUUUAGCUGAAAAGCCUAGAAGUGCCCAGUUUAAUGAAAAAAUAACUGACACACGUGUUAUGCAUGCAAAGAAAGUUAACCCUGGAAUGCCUCACGCUACAGGCAAACUUUUACCAACUAAAAGGAGUAUAUCUGAAACAGUAACCCAUAAGGCCAAAAUCAUGAAAAUAACUACUAAGAAACGAAAUAGCGUUCAUGUUACUUUUAGACCAUCUACUGAGUCUGUUCAAUUUUAUAAUCCUCUAGAAAACAGAGAGGCCCCCUGGAGGGCAAGACUUCGUAAACUCGGUGGCUUCAGUAGUGGUAGUAGCAACACAAGCACCAGCUCCUCUGCUGUCUUGGAGCUAGUCAGACCAGGAGUAUAUAGACCUCUAGAUGCAGCCAAUGCAGCUUCAGUUAGUAGUAAACAGACUAAGGAAUCCACAGAAGCUCAAACAGAUAUGUUGCAGAAAGAAGGUAUUGCAGCUAAUCAGUUGCAUAAUCGGAGUGCACCUAGGUCAUCAGGUCAGGAGUCAGGACCACAGCAGGGCUCCCUGGGUGGUGUUUAUAAAACUGUUGUACAUGCUCUUUCGAAGCCGAAGGCAAAUGUUUCCCCACAGAGGCAGAACAGAAUACCAGCAGAGGCUCCACUGAGGGAUCUGUACAGUCAUGUAAUGGGCUAUUUUGGAAGGAAAGCUGCAGUUAAUAGAGAGGACAUGAGUCAAAAGCUGCACCCUCUUGCUAGCGAUAUUGGCAGUAGCAAUACAAAUGUUCCUGACCUCAUGGAUGAGUUUAUAGCUGAGAGACUCCGCAGUGGUAGUGCAUUGAAUGUGACAAGAAGAGGGAGCAGUCCUGGCAGCCUGGAAGUUCCAAAAGACCUUCCUGAUAUAUUGAACAAGCAGAACCAAAUGCACCCUAUAGAUGAUCCAGGUGUGCCUUCUGAAUGGACGUCUCCUGCCAGUGCAGGAAGCAGUGACCUCAUCAGUUCAGAUAGCCAUUCUGACUCAUUCAGUGCUUUCCAGUAUGAUGGCCGCAAAUUUGAAAAUUUCAGUUUUGGCACUGAUGCUGGGACACCAGCUUCCACUGAGAUUGAUGCAAUUUCAGGACAUCAGCAGAGUGCCGAGGAACAGGAAGUGACUAGUCUAACUACACUCCACAUUGAUUCUGAAACAAGCAGUCUUAACCAGCAACAAUUGUCUGCUGAAGCUGCAACUAUUACUGGCUCUGAAAGUGCUUCUCCAAUCCAAUCUGCUCUUGGAUCCCGAUCACAGACACCUUCUCCUGCCACUCUGAAUGCAGAUCAUAUUGAGCAGAAGGAUCUGCAGCUGGAUGAGAAGCUCCACCACUCAGUUUUACAGACGCCAGAUGACCUAGAAACUAGUGAAUUCCCAUCAGAAUGUUGCAGUGUGAUGGCAGGGGGCACCCUUACAGGAUGGCAUGCAGAUGUUGCUACUGUAAUGUGGAGACGAAUGCUAGGGAUUUUGGGAGAUGUUAACACCAUUAUGGACCCUGAAAUUCAUGCGCAAGUUUUUGAUUACUUGUGUGAACUCUGGCAGAACCUGGCUAAGAUAAGAGAUAAUCUUGGUAUUUCAGCUGAUAAUUUGACUUCACCCUCUCCACCAGUUUUAAUCCCACCACUGAGAAUUCUAACUCCAUGGCUUUUCAAGGCAACCAUGUUGACUGAUAAAUACAAACAAGGCAAGCUACAUGCUUAUAAGCUUAUUUGUAAUACGAUGAAGCGAAGACAAGAUGUUUCUCCAAAUAGGGAUUUUUUAACUCAUUUCUACAAUAUAAUGCACUGUGGACUUCUUCAUGUUGAUCAGGAUAUUGUUAAUACAAUCAUCAAGCACUGCUCUCCUCAAUUCUUUUCACUUGGUUUGCCUGGUGCUACCAUGCUUAUUAUGGAUUUCAUUAUAGCAGCUGGUAGAGUGGCUGCUUCUUCUUUUCUCAAUGCACCAAGAGUAGAAGCACAAGUUCUGUUGGGAUCUCUUGUCUGCUUUCCUAACUUAUAUUGUGAAUUGCCAGCUCUACACCCAAACACUCCUGACAUAGUUGUGUCUCAUUUCACAGAUGUUAAGGAACUCACAAUCAAAACUGUAUUAAGUUCUGCAAGAGAGGAGCCAUCUGGUCCUGCACGAUGUGUUGCUCUUUGCAGCCUUGGCAUUUGGAUCUGUGAGGAACUGGUUCAUGAGUCACAUCAUCCUCAGAUAAAGGAAGCACUGAAUGUGAUUUGUGUCUCUUUGAAGUUUCCAAAUAAAACAGUUGCACAUGUUGCCUGCAAUAUGCUUAACAUGCUGAUUCAUUAUGUAUAUAGGCUUCAAAUAUACCAAGUUGAUUCACCUUUAAAAAUUAUUCAAAUCCUGAUAGCAACUAUUACUCAUCUUCUACCCAAUACAGAAGCUUCCUCUUAUGAACAGGACAAAAGGUUGGUGGUUUCUUUACUUCUCUGUUUAUUGGACUGGAUAAUGGCCUUGCCUUUAAAGACCUUACUGCAACCUCUUCACACCACAGGAGCUGAAAAUAAGACCGAACAAUCUGUUCUUAAUUGUGUAUAUAAGGUUCUGCAUGGAUGUGUCUAUGGAGCUCAGUGUUUCAGCAACCCAAAAUAUUUCCCUUUAAGUCUCUCUGAUCUGGCAUCUGUGGAUUAUGAUCCUUUUAUGCAUUUAGAAAGCCUGAAAGAACCAGAACCACUACAUUCUCCUGACUCAGAGCGAUCUUCUAAGCUCCAGCCAGUCACAGAAGUGAAAACUCACAUGCAACAAGGCUUAAUCUCUGUUGCCGCUCGUACUGUGAUAACACAUCUGGUGAACCACUUAGGCCACUAUCCGAUGAGUGGGGGCCCUGCUAUGCUAACCAGUCAAGUUUGUGAGAACAAUGACAAUCCUUACAGUGAAAGUCCUGAGCUUUCUCCUGAACUUUUUGAGAGCCCAAACCUCCAGUUCUUUGUGUUAAACAACACUACUUUAGUCUCUUGUAUACAAAUUCAAGCAGAAGAGAAUAUGCCUGGAGGAGGAUUGUCUGCUGGACUUGCAUCUGCUAAUUCAAAUGUCAGAAUUAUAGUGCGUGAUCUGUCUGGUAAAUACUCAUGGGAUUCUGCCAUUUUGUAUGGGCCAUCAUCUUUAUGUGGAUUAUCAGAACAUACUUUUUUGGCACUUUCUGUAUUUCAGCAAGAGAAACCAGAAGAUGCCCCAUCAUCUGAUCAUGUAGAGGAUGUAUCUGUAAGGGAUGGAAUUGCACUUCAGAUAAAAAGGAAAUUUAGAGAAACUGUGCCAACGUGGGAUACAAUUAGGGAAGAAGAAGAUGCUCUUGAUGAACUGUUACAUUAUUUAGGUGUCACUAGUCCUGAAUGCUUACAGAGAGCAGGUGUCUCACUGAAUAUACCUGCUCCUCAACCUAUCUGCAUCUCAGAGAAACAAGAAAAUGAUGUCAUCAAUGCUAUCCUUAAACAACACACAGAAGAGAGAGAGUUUGUUGAAAAACACUUCAAUGACUUAAAUAUGAAAGCUGUGGAACAGGAUGAGCCAACUCCACAAAAGCCCCAGUCGGCAUUUUACUAUUGCAGAUUACUUCUCAGUAUAUUGGGAAUGAAUUCAUGGGAUAAAAGAAGGAGCUUUCAUCUCCUGAAAAAAAAUGAAAAGUUACUUCGAGAACUUAGAAAUUUGGACUCAAGACAAUGCCGAGAGACACACAAGAUUGCAGUAUUUUAUGUUGCUGAGGGACAAGAAGAUAAACAUUCCAUCCUCACUAACACUGGAGGAAGCCAAGCCUAUGAGGAUUUUGUAGCAGGCCUUGGUUGGGAGGUGAAUCUCACAAACCAUUGUGGUUUUAUGGGAGGAUUGCAAAAAAACAAAAGCACUGGAUUGACCACUCCAUAUUUUGCUACCUCUACAGUGGAAGUAAUGUUUCAUGUGUCAACAAGAAUGCCUUCUGAUUCAGAUGACUCUUUAACAAAAAAGCUAAGACAUUUAGGAAAUGAUGAAGUGCACAUUGUCUGGUCAGAGCAUACUCGAGACUACAGGAGAGGAAUAAUUCCUACAGAAUUCGGUGAUGUUCUUAUUGUUAUCUACCCAAUGAAAAACCACAUGUUCAGUAUUCAGAUCAUGAAAAAACCAGAGGUUCCAUUCUUUGGUCCACUCUUCGAUGGCGCUAUUGUUAAUGGAAAAAUUCUUCCUAUUAUGGUUCGUGCAACAGCUAUAAAUGCAAGCCGAGCACUGAAAUCACUGAUUCCAUUAUACCAAAACUUCUAUGAAGAGAGAGCUCGAUAUCUGCAAACAAUUGUUCAACACCAUCUUGAGCCCACAACUUUUGAGGACUUUGCUGCUCAGGUUUUCUGUCCAGCACCCUAUCACCAUUUGCCCUCUGAUUCAGGCUCUUGCCCAGAGACCCAGCCAGGCGAAACUCCAGCAGCAAUGCAGGUGGAUGGGACCGAUUUAGCCUCUCCAAUGUCUCCUCGGACUAGCAAGAGCCGAAUGUCCAUGAAACUUCGCCGCUCCUCUGGCUCAGCUAACAAGUCCUAAACAUUAAGAAACCUGCAGCUUCCUAGUAAACAGUGAUCAGCAACCCCCUAGUGCACUGACUCUGCUUUAAGUUAAAGGAAAAUGUCCUUGAUAUGUGUCUCCCAUAGCCAGCAAAGCCUUUUCCUGUACAUUUAUUUUAGACAGCGACACUGGAAUUUUAUUUGUAAUUUAAUAUUUUAGCUUUUGUUAUUUUUUUAAUAAAACUCCAGGCUGCCAUAUUAUUUUCAGUGUAGUUUCUUCUCUGCACUUUUUACCUUCCAGGAUGAUGAUGUCUAAAGUAGCCACUUUUAACCCUGUUGUUAACCUCAAGCCACACACGGAAUUGGAGACUGCAGUCUUAUUACAUUUUAUUUAUUGUGCCC